AUGACGGCGAUAACACCACAGAACACAGACAAGGCGAGUUUCAACCUGCAGAUUCAGGAAUGGCAUUCUAUAGAUGGCUUUCUUCACGAUAUUCUUCUUACGUGGAAAAUACCUCGGGAUGGUACAGAUGAUUAUAUUGGGUUGCAAAGUCCAAUAGAACUCAUGAAUGCAGCACCAGAGUUUCAGGAAUGUCCUUACCAGGCGAAGGCAAGGCUACACAACAUGGCUUCCGCUGUGAAAAAGGUUGCCCACAUAAUCUUACAGAGAAAUUUGGAAGUAACCUUGUCAAGACCAAUAUUUGAACACAUGCUUGUUCAAUGCGCAGAAAACUUUCCAUUCUGUGAAGAUGUGGUCAAGGCAGCAGCAGGAUCCGGCGGGGAAACAAGUUUGGAAUUGCUUUUUCAAUACGGUGGAGAGAGUUUACCGAUUACUGAAGAUGUGGUCAAGGCAGCGGCAGGAACUGGGGGAUAUAGAUGUUUACAAUUCCUUAUCCGACAACAAGGAGAGAGUCUACCAAUUACCGAGGAGGUGGUCAAGGCAGCAGCACCAUUUGAAAGAGGUUUAGAAUUGCUUAUCCAGCACCGAGGAGAGAGUCUACCAAUUACCGAGGAAGUGGUUAAGGAAGCGACAAGAAUUGGGGGAUAUAAAUGUUUACAGUUGCUUUUACAGCACCGAGGAGAGAGUUUACCAAUUACAGAGGAGGUGGUCAAGGCAGCAGCACGAUCCAAAGGAGGUUUGGAAUUGCUUAUCCAAUACCGAGGAAAGAAUCUACCAAUUACCGAGAAAGUGGUCAAGAAAGCGGUAAAAAUUGGGGGAUAUAAAUGUUUACAGUUGCUUAUCCAGCACCAAGGAGAGAGUCUACCAAUUACAGAGGAGGUAGUCAAGGCAGCAGCAGGAAAUGCUGAAUAUAGAUGUUUGGAAUUGCUUAUCCAACUCCAAGGAAAGAGUCUACCAAUUACUGAGGAGGUGGUCAAGGCAGCAGUAGGAGCCAGGGAUUAUAGAUGUUUGAAAUUGCUUAUCCAACACCGAGGAAAGAGUCUACCAAUUACUGAAGAGGUGUUCAAAGCAGCAGGAAAUGCUGAAUAUAGACGUUUGGAUUUGCUUAUCCAAAACCUAGGAAAGAGCCUGCCAAUUACUGAAGAGAUGUUGAAGGCAGCAGCAACAAAUACUUCACGGCAUGCAUACGAUAUUGUAUAUUUACUCCUCCAAUACCGAGCAAAGAGCCUACCAAUUACUGAAAAUGUGCUCAAGGCAGCAGCAGCAAACAAUUCACCGUUUGGAGGUAUAAUUACGCGUGAACUCAUCAAACACCGGGGAGAGAGUCUACCCAUCACUGAGGCGGUGGUGGAGGCAGCAGCUAAGAAUGAAACCCCAAAAGCCUUGCAAGCUCUCUUAGAGUAUGGAAAAAACAGCCCACCAAUAUCCGACAAUUUCAUUAAGGCAGUCGCUGAGCAUUGUACACCUCAAAACCUGCGGCUUCUCAUACAAUAUCAACAAAAGAACAUACCGAUAGAUGAAGAAGGGAAAGAAUAG